AUGCAGAAAACGCUAUUUCCCGCACCCAAGUCGAAUGACUACCAGUGGCGCAAUUUGUACCUGAAGCAGUAUGGCAUCUGCACGUACGCCCCGCCGAUGCCGCAGAAUUUGGAGGUGAUGACAGCCAACGCAUUAAGAUUGAAGUCAAGAGAAAAAAUUGAUGAUAACAACAUCAGUGCUAGCAUUCAGACCGUCUCUUUGGAUAGUGAAGAGAUGGAAAUGAUAGAGGCCUCAGGCUCACGGCACUCCGCCCCGUCACCGUCGCGGCGAAAAGGUGGCUCGGUGUCCACACAGGGUUUUCGACGAUCCUUCCUUGACGUUCAACGGCGGUCAACGGUAGGUGACUUUUUGGAGUCCCUCAGCGACCAGCAACUUUUCUCGGCCAAUGUCUUUUCGUUUUUAAGUCAACACGAAGGUGAGGCGAACUCGUCGCAGCUGCUGCGAAAUCCACUUGGCUUGGAUGCUUCCUCUUCCCUGAGAUUUCCUUCUAUUUUACGCAAUUCACAGGUGAAUGCGUCAAACAGGACUGCGUUCCCACGUGGUUCGUCCGUGGAUGAGGGAGGGAAGUUGGUUCCAGACCCAGCGGACGAUCUGCUGCGUCUUCAACGUGAGACAUGGCAAUUGCUGAUGGAUAAUCGCAUCAUGUUAUGGUUUGAGCGGGAGGCAAAAAAACGUGGGAGAAUUGCCGCAGGUGUUCAACGACGCCUACUAGAAGUCGUCACAUGGAAGCUGGAGGGCCAAAAAAAAACACCCAACAAGAAACCAGGUGAAGAUAAGACGAGCAAUGAUACGGCUAUUGGCACCACUGAGGAGGGAAAGGGAAAAGAUGGAGCGGUGAAAAUUAUUCCCAUGGACAGCGAGGUGGAAGAGGACAAACCGGAGUUGGGCGAGGAAGAGAAACUCAUGCAAACAUUGGAACAAUUUGCACCGUUUUUUGCCGUUAUUUCUGCACCUGAAGUAAUCCAGAGGAUGACAACCAGCCUUCUUGUGGCAAAGAAACGUGGACGACGCCAUGAAGUCCCGCGUAUGGUUGGCCUUCCUCUCUUCAGUCAGUAUAACACAUGGCGUGAAACGUAUGAGAAUCGCGUGGCGUGGAGUUUGUCACCUUUUAGUUUUUUUCUCAUUCAUGAUCAUAGCUACAACCACGCUCAUAUUUCGGCUCUCUACGUGCUACUGGAUCUUAUUGGCAGUUCCUUCCAUCUUCACACAGCAGAGUGCCUGAAGAAUGAAAACAAACGACAAACUGCAAUAGAUAUUCGACAGCGACGCAUCCGCAGUGCCAAAUAUAGUUUAUCGAAUGUGUCUUUAUGUCCAUUAAAUGUUGCGCAGCGUCUCACAGAAGACAUUCUUCUUGCAUAUGAGAACAGCACGGCACGUACGACAUUAUCGAUGGCCCUCUGUGUCCAAGAAUUUCUUACGGAACUUGUUCUUGACCCUGACACCGCCUCUUCUUUUUUGAGCAAUGCUGCCUUGAGACGUCAGUGUGGAACAGACAUUGUUGUUCCUGGCAAUGAUGCCGGUGUCUUUAGCGCGACGAGCAAGAAGAAUGAAAACUCUUUUGAGAGCAUGGAAGACGGAACAAAGAACGAACAACAAGAGCCGACCAAGGAUGAAGCUGGCGUCAUGCCUGCCGAAGAAUCUCAGUUUAUCGACUGGAGCUCCCUGAGGAAGCUGACGGACACAACGUUUGAUGAACUUUUUUCCCUUGUUAACUGGUUUGUUGACACGCCGACCGCCAACAGUCUCAUUUCCAGCGAGGCCCGAACUAGAAAUGACUCUCUUGUUUUAGCGAAUACUUCACCUGCACGUGGAAAGAAGGGGUUGACUUCGCAAAGCUUGGCCUUCAACACAUCAUUAUUGCAGGAGAGCAAAAAGAGUAGCCAACAACAAGCACUUUCUGACGAGAGUACCGUUCAGAGCAAAGAAUCUGGCUACAUUGUUGGAUAUGUAAGGGAGUAUGACGCCACCAUGACGAUUGUUGAGGCUAUAACUCGCCAUGAAUUACAACGACAACGCAUAGCAGAAACUCGAUCAGGUGAGCAACGACAAAGAAACUCUGUAACAUUAGCUCAUAGAAAGAAUCGAAGGAAACGUCUAGCCGCUUCCCGUACCCAAACAUAUAAUGACUCCGCCGCCGUACCAGAUCUUCAUGCAGGGGCAACGCUUCUUUCAACACCACUGACGUUUAUUACAACAUACAUCCGACUCCAUGGUGCCACAUGGUUGAUGGAGUUACUGGAGCGGUUGUUUAGCAUUCUUCGCCGAGAAAGCGUUUUGUUGUAUGUAAAUGGAUUGGAAAUGGAGGCCCCUCGACAAACCUCUUUUCAGGGAUCGAUUUCACAGCUGAGCCUAAGCGGCGACAGAAACAGCGAUGGUGUUUCUGGCUUUGGGCCUGAAGUUGGAUGCUGGCGAAAUUCGGGUCAAAAACGUGCUACCCAUAAUCAACGACUGGAGCUCUUGGAAGACCUCAUCUGUCAAGACAUUCAGUACGUUAUGGGAGAGUUUUGUAGUGCAUUGUUUGGCAAGCGAUCUGUGACACGGCUUCCGCAAGGUAUUUCUACACUAUUGACGAACUUUUGUACAACGGUACAUCUCCAUCUACUUCAACAACAUGUUAGCUUUGACAUUACCCAUGAUAAACCCGCUAUAGCUGUAAGGAAAUGUCUUACAGAGAUGCGGCAAAAACGCGUGACGGGUGGAGGUACGGUCAACAUGUGGAGUCAAAACAAACCUGACUCUAUUGAGCGACUUAUUCGAAACAUUGAAGGUAACCGAUUGGCGAAAUUUAUUCUUUUUGAUUGCUGGAUUUUGCCAACCCUCAACAAUGCUGUGGAAUUUGGGUACAUUUCCGAAGAGGCUUCAAACCAUCUCCGCUGGAAUUUGGAUGCAUUUGCACGAUACCUUAAAAUUGUUUUGAACUCUUCCUUUUCCAACGCAGAGAAUGCCGAUGUGUAUAUUCAUACCAUCUUACCACGAAGAACAUCCCUUCAAUCCCAACGUGGACGGACGACCCCUUCUGUGGAAAAAAAAGGCCGUGCUCAGAGUGAGGCACCCUUGGCACCCCGCUGUGACAUCGUUAAGCUACCACCCCUCAUCAACGGUGUCUACGAUAUAGUCUCGGGGUCUCUCAUGCAAUUGCUUCGAGACCCCUGUGAUGAUUUUGUGGACGACUCGCACGAGAGGUUUACCUUUGGAGAUGGAUCAUCUUCAGUGGAUUUCCCGUCACAGAAAGAUGCGAACACGAGUUGCAGUUUAAAAGAUACACGUAAGUGCUGGGAGGAUUUAUCACCUGCCCUUAGCUAUUUAAAUGAAUCUCUCGGCAUCACUAGUGGUGACGCGGAUGUUGAAGUGUAUGAAGAUGAAGUGGAUGUCACUCCGGUACGGAUUUUAAAUAUCUUUGCUGCCAGAGCCUGUAGCAACACCUCAACAAAGGUGGUGGUGACUGAGUAUGAGGUUGCGCCUUCAAUAGCGGCAGCGUGUAUUAGUAAAACAUUUUCACUGGUUUCUGGUGAGCACCCCAUUGUACGGAAUGCAUACCUUUCAGGCGCAUUAGUAGGUCAAUUUAGAUCAUCACCUUACUUGACGUGUCUAAUUGGGGUUCUUUUACAUCCUCAUACCGCGUCAAGGUUUUUGGAAAAUAUCCUUCAUAACAAUCGUGCAUUCUACAAUGCACUUUUACAGCCCCUGCAAGAUGAGAAUUUGUUGAAUUUGAUAUCUCCUUUAGUCACGACAAGAAACCAACUGCCGCUGGUAGACUCUAAUGAACUUCUUUCAUUAAUAGCAGCCAUCCCCAUGCAUUCAACUGACACUGGAAGUUGUGUUGAGACGAAGGCGGGGGAUAGCGAGAGAAAGAUGAGAGAUAGCUUGACGACGAGGGAAACCAAAAUGAAGAAUUUACAAUUGGCAGCGUGGGAGGCCACAACAAGUAAUCUCCUGCAAAAGCGAGCGCGGGCCACCACUGGGGAUAUUCUCCCUCCAGCUGUUAAUUUCCACCCGCAGAUUCGGCGUAUUGGACCAACGGAUUCAUACCAGUCUCUUCGCGCUACCGCCGAGAUCCUUACGCGGGAAAUGGGGCGUGCUCCAUUAUGCUUUGAUACAUGGUGGCGCGCAAUGGUUGUGGCACUCACUGUAAAGGCAAUGAAUGUCAUUGAGGAAUGCAGCGAGACAAAAUCCAUGCAAUGGGAAAAUUGGUGCAAUUCGCAAUUACAUGAAAUGCAGCGAGAGAGUCGUGGCUUAUGCACGUACUUUACGAAGAACAAGGGUAAAAAUAUUGACAUCAGCAAAGAGAAGGCGUUGUCAUACACAAAGGUCAAGAGUCGUCUUGGAAGCUCUGUCCUUUCCUCUGUGACAAAAGUCCCGUCGGCACGAACCGUGGAGGAACAGAAGAAGGUGACAAAAGGGAAGAAACGUGUCCACUCAUCUUUAAAGAAAAAGAAAAAGUAA